CCUCAUCCAGCCACAUUCAAAUUCCAAUGUUAUCUCAACAAAUUCUCUGUUUCCAGUUUCACCACCACCAUUCACCAGCCAUGGCGUCCCUCUGCGUCUCCCUGGAAGCCGCCUCUCUGGCCAGCAGCGCCACCCUCGUUUCCUCCUCGCGCUCCCUCGUCGCUGCGCGAUCCGCCUGCGCCGCACCGCCUGCGCGCCGUCUGUCGCAUGUCGUCGCCAAGGCGUCGAGCGACGAGUCGAGCGACGGCAAGGCGACGACUCGCAGGGAGCUGAUGCUUCGCUCGUCGUCCGCCGCCAUGCUCGCCGCGCUCUUCCACUUCAGCGGCACGCGACCCUCCUUCCUGGGCGUGACUCGCGACCCGCCGUCCCUGGCGCUGUGCCCCGCGUCGCCCAACUGCAUCUCCACGUCGGAGGAGAUCAACGACCCCGGCCACUAUGUGCCACCCUGGACGUACAACCCCGAGGAGGGGCGCGGGAGGAAGAGCCCCGCAAGCAAGGAGCAGGCGAUGGAGGAGCUGGUGGCCGUGGUCACUUCCACCAAGCCUGACGGCUUCACCCCCACCAUCAUCACUCGCAAGCCCGACUACCUCUAUGUGGAGUACGAGAGCCCGCUCAUGGGGUACGUGGACGACGUGGAGUUCUGGUUCCCCUCCGGCAACCGCUCCCUCGUGGAAUACAGGAGCGCGUCGAGGAUGGGGGAGAGCGACCUGGACGCCAACCGCAAGCGCAUCAAGGCUCUGAGGGUGGAGCUCCAGAAGUAUGGGUGGGCCUCUGUGGGUUACUAGAGCCACGCUGAUGCGGUUACUGAGCUGCUAGAAAUGCUACUGGCUGGGACGGGCAUCCACAGAUUGACAAGCGGGAUGUUUCUGUAACCGUAAGCUCAUGGACUCUUGGAGGGACCACUGCUGGUGACAGUUCACUAUGCCCUGAGUCGAUUUUGGUGGAGUAACAAUUUUGGCAAUGCAAGAGAAUUUGAGGUUUCGUGUUCUACUCGAUGGGUGUGAUACAACCUACCGGUAUAUUGCUUGCGAGUAUGGAGAGGAGACUAAUACUUCCGGAAUAACUUGCGAAUUAUUAU